CAGAUGGUCCUUCCAUACUUCCGUUUCCUGCUCGUGACCUGAAUGUGAAAGUCCACUUUAUAUAUGCAGUCAUUCAUCAUGAAAAGCUCCAAAGAAGCCGUGCAGGCUGCUGCCAAAGAGUUUCUUAAUUUUGUCAAUAAAGGAGUUUCACCUUAUCAUGUGGUGGAGGAGUGUAAAUCUCGCCUGCUGAAGGCUGGUUAUACUGAGCUCAAGGAGGCUGAACACUGGGAUAUUAAACCAGCAAGCAAGUACUUUGUAACCAGGAAUUACUCCUCCAUUAUUGCCUUUGCUGUGGGCGGUCUCUACAAACCUGGAAAUGGUUUUUCCAUGAUCGGGGCUCAUACAGACAGUCCUUGUCUUAGGGUGAAGCCACGCUCAAAGAAGACAAAGUUAGGCUUCCUGCAUGUAGGAGUGGAGUGUUAUGGAGGUGGAAUCUGGAAUACAUGGUUUGAUCGUGACCUGACCGUUGCAGGACGUGUCAUGGUUAAGAGUGAAGGUAAGCUGGUUCAGCGUCUGGUUCAUGUUCCCCGUCCCAUCCUCAGGAUUCCCCAUCUGGCCAUUCACCUGCAGAGAGACAUCAAUGACUCCUUUGGACCUAACAAGGAAAACCACCUAGCGCCUUUCCUGGCUACUGUCGUACAGGAGGAGCUGGAAACAGGCUGUGCCUCCUCUGGAGAUGCCUGUAAUGCAACAACUACAGCAGAGAAGCAUCAACCUGCGCUGAUCCAGAUGCUGUGUGCACAUCUCGGAGUUGAGCCAGAUGCUCUGCUGGACUUUGAGCUCUGUUUGGCCGACACGCAGCCUGGUGUGCUAGGAGGUGUUUAUGAGGAAUUUAUCUUCUCUCCUCGUCUGGACAACCUGCACAGUUGUUUCUGCGCCCUCACGGCUCUCGUGAACUCCAGCACACCUGAAUCCCUCGCUAAAGACCCCAACAUUCGCGUCGUUACUCUCUAUGACAAUGAAGAGGUGGGAUCGGAGAGCGCUCAGGGAGCUCAAUCUAACCUCACCGAAUUGAUUCUGCGGCGUCUGGCUUCGACUUCUAACAACCUGACUGCCUUCCAGGAGGCUGUGCCGCUGUCAUACAUGAUCAGUGCGGACAUGGCCCAUGCUGCACAUCCUAACUACCAAGAGAAACAUGAGGAAAACCACAGACCUGCUUUCCACAAGGGUCCAGUCAUAAAGUUUAACAGUAACCAGCGCUACGCCACCACGGCUGUAACUGCUGCCAUACUACGAGAGAUUGCUGGAAAAGUGGACGUACCUCUACAGGAUGUGAUGGUUAGGAACGACAGUCCGUGCGGAACAACAAUUGGGCCAAUUUUGGCGGCUCGGUUAGGAAUGGCAGUGCUUGAUCUCGGCGCACCGCAGCUUGCAAUGCACUCCAUACGAGAGAUGUGCUGCACAUCUGGAGUCCUGCAGACCAUCACCCUCUUUGAGGGCUUCUUUGAGCACUUCCCCUUAGUACGAAGCAACGUGACUGUGGACUAGACUGAGCAGGACUCCGUAACCGCACCGAUGGAUCAUGGACAUCAUUAAUAGAGAAAUCAAUAUCCCGCUUUCCCAUCUCAUUCAUUUCUUUCAACUUAUCAGCCAUUGUCAUGUUUUCAUUAGUCUGCAUAAUCUCCCAGUCAUCUACCCAUUUAUCACUGUUUGUAGCACAGGGUAAACAGAUCUGCACACAUUUAUAAACUGUGCUAUGUGAAUAUGUUAAAACCAAUAAACCUUUGAUGUUA